AUGGCUUCAUCCCGUCAGUGGCUAUAUUUUCAAGCCAUCAUUUGGCGAUUCCUAAUGCGCAUUGGAAUGAUCCUGCAUGAUAUCGCUCCUCCACGUGUCUCAAAACCUCGCUUCACCCGCACCGUCGAAACCGAUACUCAAGGCCACUCCGUUGUCAUCCAUUUUUACUGCCCACCAGACUACGAACAAAAACGCCGACAAGGUCACCGCUUUCCUGUUUGCGUCAACUUCCAUGGCGGAGGAUUUACCCUUGGAUGCGCUACCGAUGAUUCCCGCUGGGCCGACGCCGUGGUGAAAGAAGUUGAUGCAGUCGUGGCCAGUGUGAGUUAUCGACGGGCCCCAGAACACCCUUUUCCCGCGGCGGUUGACGACGGCGUCGACGCACUGCUUUACCUAGCCACCCAUGCCACUGAUCUGGGCUUAGACGUGAGCCGUCUGGCUCUGAGCGGAUUCUCGGCGGGCGGCAAUCUGGCUGUUACGGUUCCGCUGCGACUCCGCGAGCGACUCCACACCGAGAUCAAGGAACGUUUUGGCAGGGCGGAUUCCACACAACGGUUGGUGGAUCAAAUCGGUGAGCUUCGGGUUGUCGCCCUUUUCAGCUGGUAUCCCAUUCUGGACUUCUUAGAGUCCCGUGACCAUCGUCGGAUGACGAGUCUCAUGCCAAACGAGACUCUUCCGGCCUUCUUCACCACUCUCUUCGAUGAGUCGUAUGUUCCCAAUCUAGAGGAUCGGACUUCCCCUUAUGCAUCGCCCGUACGCGCCUCCGACCGGAUGCUGGAUGAAGCCUUGCCGCACGAUAUCUUCUUGUAUAUAUGCGAAUGGGAUAUGUUGAUGAAAGAGGGCCAGACUUUUGUCCGCCGCUUAGAAGGUCUUGGGAAGCGUGUUCGUGCUAUGAUGAUUGAGAAGGCCCGCCAUGCUUGGGAUAAGUCAGCCAACCCUUUCCGCGACCAGGGUAGCGUAGACGUUCUGUAUCGUGACGCAUGCGCUGACAUGAAGGCGAUUUUCGGUCGGUGA